CCACAGUCCGCCGCUGCACGGAUGCUAACACCGGAGCUGCUUUAAUUCAUGGAAAACGCAGAAACCGGAGGAAAAAGUGUCCGAGCGGCGCCGUGAGUCAUGGGUCUGCUAUGAACGGAUCACGGGGACGCUGGAGGCUUCGUUCCGUGGGGCUUUGGGCCACUCGGAGGAUUAAAGAGAAAGCGACCAGGAGCCGGUUCCCACCCCGGACUUCCUCUUCACCCUGACCGGCCUGCCUGCGCCGGAGCCCGGGCACCGCGGACGCCAUGGCCGGUCCCCAGCGCACGGACCUGGCGUAUGCGUGGGAAAAGUACAUGGACUGUCGGCUGCAGGGAGCGGAUCUGCAGGUCAGCCUUCAGAGUCUGGAGAACUUCCUGUGUCUGUUCCACUACGUUCAGCAUCUCCCCGACCACAACAACAAAGAUGCGCUGAAGUUCUGCUCAGACAUGAGUGGGGCCAGUAACACUCUGGCCAGGGAGUUCCUGACGGACGUCCAUCAGCUGUGCAGCGCCGUGGCCCAGAGGGCAGAGUCGCGUGACGAGGACGAGGAGGAGAGUCACAUGGUGGCCCUAGGGGAGUACCUGGUCCGGGGGCGGGGCUUCCUCCUGCUCAGCACGCUGGACGCCAUCAUCGACCAGGAGUUGACGUGUCGGGAGGAGCUGCUGACCCUGCUGCUGUCUCUGCUGCCGUUGGUCUGGAAGAUCCCGGUCCAGGAGGAAAAAGCCCCAGAUUUCACGCUGCCGUCCUUACUGGAGGUUUUCCUAAACUGGGAGGUGAAGGCCGUCCCUCUCAGAGCGGGUCAGAAGGCGGGGUCAGAUGAGCAGAGUGCCGGGAAGAGGUCGCACAGCAGCGGUGGCGGCGGCAGCGGCGGAGGCUGGAAGUCGCGGAGGUCACGGCGGACGGCGCAAAGGUACUCGGUGAAGGAUGCUCGUAAGUCUCAGGUGUCGACUUCAGAUUCAGACGCCAACACUGAGGACAAAGCGGCCCUGGGGCCUGGCGGCGCUCGCAGCCGGAGGUCACAUGGCUCCACCAUCAGAGUGAGCUGUCAACACCACCGUCCCGACACCUCACAGACCACCGCCACCGCCAGCACCAACACAGACAACAUGAGCGCACCGUACCCCCACCCCCGAGCCCCCGGGUCGCAGACUGACGCCGAUGCGCUCACCGACCCUGCCGCCAUAUCCAUCUUCAACCGCAUGGAGAACUCGCCGUUCGACCUGUGCCACGUCCUGCUGUCCCUCCUGGAGAAGGUCUGCAAGUUUGACAUGAGCAUCAACCACAACCCAGGGCUGGCGGUCAGCGUUGUCCCCACGCUCACCGAGAUCCUGACCGAGUUCGGAGACUGCUGCGGUCCAGGGGCAGGGGGUGGGGUCGGGACGGGGGCGGAGGAGCUGGCCGGAGGCUGGACGGAGGAGCCCAUCGCCCUGGUCCAGAGAAUGCUCCUGAGGACCAUCCUGCAUCUGAUGUCGGUGGACGUGAGUCAGAGUGACGCCCUCCCGGACAGUCUGAGGCGGAGCCUGACCGACCUGCUCCGAGCCACCCUCAAAAUCCGCAGCUGCCUCGACCGCCAGACCGACCCCUUCGCUCCUCGGCCCAAGAAGACGCUGCAGGAGGUCCAGGACGACUUCUCCUUCUCCCGCUACCGCCACCGGGCGCUGCUGCUGCCGGAACUCCUGGAGGGCGUUCUGCAGGUGCUGCUGGGAUGUUUACAGGCGUCCACGCCAAACCCGUUCUUCUUCAGCCAGGCCUUGGAGCUGAUCCACGAGUUCGUGCAGCACCGAGGCCUGGAGCUGUUCGAGGCCACGGCCCUGCGUCUGGAGGGGCUGGGCCGGGCCAGGGACUCUGAGGUGGGGGGCGAGGCCGCCGAGAGGCUCCGAGGCCUCAUUGCGGGGGUUUUCAAGAUCAUCAGUGCUGUUAAGAAGGCCAAGUCAGAGCAGCUGCAUCAGUCCGUGUGCGCCCGGCGACGCCACCGCCGCUGUGAGUACUCCCACUUCCUGCAUCACCACAGAGACCUGUCGGGGUUACCCGUGUCCGCCUUCAAGCAGGCAGCGCGACGCAACCCCUUUGAGGAGGACGGCGAGGGUAAGGAGGGUGUGGACGGCGACGCGGUGCGGUACCCAGAGCGCUGCUGCUGUUUGGCGGCGUGCGCCCACCAGUGUCUCCGCCUCCUGCAGCGCCUGUCGCCCAGCGGGCCGGCGGUUCUGCAGGUCCUGGCCGGGGUACAGGCCGUCGGGAUCUGCUGCUGUAUGGACCCCCGCUCGGUGGUCGGGCCCCUGCUCCACGCCUUCCAGGCCCCGGGUCUGCGGAGCUACCAGUCCCACGUUCUGAGUGUGCUCGGUAGGCUGAUCCUGGACCAGCUGGGGGGGGGUCAGCCGUCAGAGAAGGCCAAGCUGGCGUCCUGUAACAUCUGUACUCUGGACAGCAGUCAGCUCCCCGGUCUGGAGGAGACGCUGCAGCACGGUGAACCCGCUGCCGCCGCCGGCCUGUGCUACCGCUCCCAGGGCAUCCUGCCCAGCGGGGGCGGAGCCGAGGACAUGCUGUGGAAGUGGGACGCCCUGGAGGCCUAUCAGGAGCUGGUGUUUGGGGACGACUGGCAGCUGAGUCAGCAGAUAGCGGGUCACGUAUGUCACCUGACCCUGAGGGGAAACGCCAUCGUACAGUGGCAGCUCUACACCCACAUCUUCAACCCCGUUCUGCAGAGGGGGGUGGAGCUAGCGCACCAUGCCCAGCAGCUGGGCGUGUCCACUGUGUGCACACAGGUCUGCAGCUACCACACCCAGUGCCUGCCCGUCGAGGUCCUGCUCAUCUACCUGCAGACGUUACCCGCUCUCCUCAAGUCCAGGGUGAUCAGAGACCUGUUCAUCAGCUGUAACGGACUCAACCAGGUCACGGAGCUGGUCUACCUGGACCAGACUCGAUCUCUGGCCCUGAAGGUGUUUGAGACGCUGAUCAUCGGACACCGACAGGCUGACGCCAUCCUCCAGGAGCCGGACGGUGCCGACGGCGAGGAGCGGGAGGCGGUGUUGGGCCUGGCCGAGGACCUGGGCUCCAGGGGGUCCGGGGAGGGUCCACAGAGCCUCAGUAAGUUCUACGAAGGUCUGAAGGAGGUCUACCCCCGCCAUAAGACCCGUGGGGGGCAGGGCCGGGGGGCGGGGCGCAGCCGGGCCGAGACGCACCUCCACGUCAUCAACCUGUUCCUGUGCGUGGCCUUCCUGUGCGUCAGUAAAGAGCCGGACUCUGACCGCGACUCGGCCAACGACUCCGAGGACACGUCGGGUUACGACAGUACGGCGAGCGAGCCCCUGGGGGGGCGCCUGCCCUACCUGUCCCCCGACAGCGUGGCCCUGCCCUCCAAAGAGCAGGUGCGGCGAGCGGCGGACGUGUGGUCGGUGUGUCGGUGGAUCUACCGGUCCAGCCCCCUGUUCCAGAGACAGUUCUUCCGGCUGGGUGGUCUGGACGUGUGCCUGCGCCUCAUGGCCAUGGUCAUCCAGAAGCUGUCGUCCAAGAACAAGGACGGGAAAGCCAAGAAGAAGAGGGACGGCAAGGGCAAAGGCAGCCCCGAGGCCACGGCACCCACCACCGCCGCCGCCCCUGUCCUGGGGCCGGACGAGGCCGACACCCACAGCACAGGUCCGUCUGAGGCCAGGACCAGAGACCCCAACAGGAGGCUGGAGGAGGAGUGGCAACUGCAGAGCAUCCGCCUCCUGGAGGCGCUGCUCGCCAUCUGUCUACACAGUGCUAACUCCGCCCUCUGCAGGGCGGAGCCUGAGCUGGCAUUCCAGCUCCAGUCUGUGGACGAGACCCUUUUGGAGGUCCGGGACCACCUGUCUCGUUCAGGGGUGGUGAACUCUGACCUGGCCAUCCCCCUGUUCAAUUCCCUCCUCAGAGUGGCCUUGGCCGAGGUAUCGGCAUGCCCCGACCCCCCCGAUGAUAAGUCGGAAAAGAAGCUGCAGGUGCUGGCGGAGGGGGCGGGGCCUGCCGGAGACCUGUCUGAGGAGGUGGACGAGGCACAGGGGGGCGGAGUCAAACCGCCGGGGGAGGAGGAAGGGUACGACGCCGACAGCGAGAGCAACCCCGACGACACGGCGGCACACGAAGAGGGAGUGAAAGUGGAGUCGUCGGCGCUUCGCGAGCUCUCGGCGGCGUCGACGGCGGCAGACGGGCCCGGCCGCGGCGUGCUCCUGUUCCCAGAGAUCUGCACCAUGGAGCUGCAGCUGCUCGCCGCUGGAUCCCCGGACCUGGACGUCCUGAGCCACGUGUUCCACAGCCUCCUGGGCGCCGUCCACGCCAACCGCCGCAACGCCGCCCUGCUGUACGACCAGGGCGGAGUCAAAACCAUCCUCAGCGGAUUCCACAACAUCCUUAGCCAAUCAGACGCCUCCUUCACAGAUUGCCAAACAGUCCUGGUGGAGCUGCUGGUUGCCAUGGUGAGCCAGCGAAUCACAGCGGAGGAGCUGGCCCUGCUGAUCCGCCUCUUCCUGGAGAAGACCCCGCCCACUGACAUCCUCCUGAAGGGCGUCCUGCAGAUCGUAGAGGCCAACAUGAGGACGGAGCCGCUCCACUUCCUGACGUUCCCGUUGACUCUGGGGGCGUCGACUCCGGGCGGCCCCUCCCCAGGCUCCAGGCAGAACGGGGCGGCGGGGGGGAAGGGUGUGGGUCUGCUGUGGAAAGGAAAACUGUCCCCUGGACGACGGGACGGUGACGCCGACCACAGACCCAGCGCCGUGGGCUCCUCACCGUGGCACGUGGCCCCCCUGCACCUGCCUCUGGUCGGACAGAACUGUUGGCCCCACAUGGCCAGUGGGUUCAGCGCCUCCAUGUGGAUGAGAGUGGAAGAGCAGGAGGACAGAGACACAGAAGACAGAACCACCUCUACGGCUGAAUCCACCCACGGCUCUGCCCACGGCCCCGCCCACGGCCCCGCCCACACCGGGACCAGGUUAUCAGACGAAGGCCUGGUUCAUAUCCUGUCCAUGGGCUCCAAGGCACUGAUGCUCCAGGUGUGGGCGGAGUUCUCCACGGGCUCGCUGACAUUCAGGAUGUGCAUCGACCCCAACGACGAGAUAAAGGCGGGGCUGUUGGCUCAGGCCGACUCGGGGGCGGGACUUCUGCGGGCCGGACAGUGGCAGCACCUGAGCCUCACCUACAUCCAACAACCGGAGGGAAAGAAGAACAUCCACGGCUCUGUGGUCGUCUGGGUUUGCGGAAUCAGAAAAUGUGAGGUUUCGUUGGACUACACGUUACCCAGGAAGUCCAGUUUGUCGUCGGACAGUAAUAAGACGUUCUGUAUGUUGGGUCACUGCUCGCCGGCGUCUGAGGAGCUGCUGAAACAGAGCAGACGAUGGAACAUGGGAACAGUUCUGCUGUUUAACGGUUCUCGGAUCGGUUCUGACGAGGCCUUCUACCUGUUCACCAGCGGACCGGACCUCACCUCCAUCAUGCCCUGUAAGUACGGAAAACCCAACAGGACCUUCUCCAAGUUCGUCACCCAGGAAGGACUCAAGUGUGAGCACGUCCGAGAACUGCUGACCAAAAGCAAAGACAUCGACACAGCGGCACUCGUCGAGAGCCUGGCGGUGGUCUACGCCCCCAGCAGCCCCCGCCUCUACACCAUCUACGAGCCGGUGAUCCGCCUGAAGGGCCAGGCCAAGACAGUGGUGACCCAGCGCCCGUUCAGCUCCAAGGAGGUCCACAGCGUCGCCAUGGAGACUGGUGCUCUGCGCUCGCUGACCCCCACUGAGACCCGGGGUCUGCAGAGCGUCCUGCAUAAGAUCGGAGGGACCGGGACCUUCGUCUUCCUGUUCGCUCAGACGGUGGAGCUGUCUGACUGUGAGCAGACCCAGGCUCUGGCGCUGCAGGUUCUUCUGUCUCUGUGUAAAUUCAACCAGCACCGCAUCCACGAGAUGGACUGUUACCAUGGAUACUCCAUGAUCCACCAGGUCCUCAUCAAGUCCAAGUGCAUCGUGGGAUAUCACAUGUUGAAGACUCUGUUGGACGGAUGCUGCAGCCGACCCGUCCUGGUUCUGGGGGAUGACGGUCAGUUCCGAUUGGACACGGACUCGGUGGCGGUGGUUCAGGACAUUAAACUGCUGUCGGACGUCCUGUUGGACUGGAAGAUCUGGGCCAAGGCCGAGUGUGGCGUUUGGGAGACGCUGCUCGCCGCCUUGGAGAUCCUCAUCCGGGUUCAUCAUCCCCAUCAGGUGUUUAACAUCCGUCAGUUCCUGAAGGCGGAGGUGGUCCACCGCUUCCUGCUCACCUGUCAGGUCUUACAGGAACAUCGAGACGAACAUCUGACCGCCAUCCCACAGGAAGUGUGUCUGUCGUUCGUUAAAAUCAUCCAGGAGGUCCUGGGAUCUCCUCCGGAUCUGGAUCUGCUCAGACUCAUCUAUAACUUCCUGUUGGCCGUUCAUCCGCCCACCAACACCUACGUCUGCCACACGCCCUCCAGCUUCUACUUCUCUCUGCACAUCGAUGGGAAGUUGUACCACGAGAAGGUUCAGUCCAUCAUGCACCUGAGACACUCCAACAGCGGCGGCAAGUCGGCGUGCAGCUCCGUGGUGUCGCUGUCGCCGACAGUAUUCAGCGACGCCCCCCACGAAGGUCAUCUCCACCCUCCAUUCUCCGACCAUGGUCCUGACGACCAGUCCUUACGCCCGCCCAGUCUGGCGCCGUCGCCGUAUUCCUCUCCCCUCCUGACGCCUCGUCACGGGGUCGUCUCUGCUCACGAGGUCAGCGAUGGUGAUGGCGUCUCCCCCUUGGCUCAUCAGGCUCUGGGCAGCACCGAGACGUUGAAGAAGAGCGGCGGUGGCGGUGGCGGUGACGAGCAGCUCCUCAGUAGCUGUGAAUCGGCCAAAACCAUCUGCGACUCCAGGGAGGUGGGCGAAGGGGGAGGUCUGCGCACACCGUCCAUCAGCGUGGAGGAGGAGCGGGACGAGGCGGCGGAGGUGGACAGCCUGGCGGAGGGCAGUGUGGGUGUGGCCGAGUCCGAGGACCGGUUCGACUGGGCCAGCGACGAAGCGCCGCGGCGUCCGGACAGUCUGAAGGGCAUCCAGUCGUUCCAGAGGAGCCACAGUAACCUGACCAGCCUGGGCCUCGCAUUCCCCGCCCCCAACGGGUCGCUGGCCAUCGGCCGCUGGCCUACCGCCGCCGACCGCGGGUCCAUGCCCGAAGACUGGGAGAGCUACACCUACUCCCCCGGAUACGAACGAGCCCACAGCAAGACCGAGUCCAACGACAGGUCCAGCACCGAGGACUGCCUGGUUCUCAUCUGCUGUGGACUGUACGACCUCCUCAGGGGGGUUCUGCUGCUGCUGCCCGACCUCAUGCUGGAGGAGGUGAUGGAUAAGCUGGUCCAGCCCGAGGCCCUCAUCGUCCUGGUCAACCACUCCUCCCCCCUCAUCCAGCAGGGGGUCAUGAAGCUCCUGGACGCCUACUUCAGUCGAGCGCUGAAGGAGCAGAAGGAGAAGUUCCUGAAGAACCACGGCUUCUCUCUGUUGGCCAACCAGCUGUACAUCCACCAGGGCAGCCAGGGCCUCCUGGAGUGUUUCCUGGAGAUGCUGUUUGGACGUCCGGUCGGCCUGGAGGAGGAUCUGGACCUGGAGGAAAUGGAGAGCAUCUCCCCGUUCCGGCGCCGCUGCAUCAUCCCAGUUCUGGGUCUGAUCGAGAACUCUCUGUAUGAGAACUCUCUGGUCCAUAACAUCCUGUGCAUGCUCCUGCAGCUGCUCAACGCCUGCCCCAAACUGGCCGACAUCCUGCUGGACCACGGCCUGCUCUACGUCCUCUUCAACACCCUGUCCACGCUCAAUGGCAUGGAGAACGGAAUCCCCCUGAAUGACUACAAACUCCUGGUUUGUGACGUCCAGCAGCUGUUGGUUGCCGUGACGAUCCACUCCUGCAGCUCCUCAGGGUCCCAGUACUUCCGCAUCAUCGAAGACCUCAUCACUCUGUUAGGAUUCAUGCAAACCAGCAAAAUGCACCGAACGCAAGAGAUGGCGGUGGCGUUGCAGUUCCGCGUCCUCCAGUCGGCGAUAGAGUUCAUCAAGACGACAGCCAAUCAGGAGCCUCAGAAGCUGAGCAGCUCCGUCAACGCUCCCAGCUCUCCCCAUCACGCCAUCUAUCAGAAGCGUAAAAGCAUCGCAGGCCGGCGCCGGUUCUCUUUGGCCCAGACGGACUCUCUGCUGAUGCGAAUGCGGUCAGUGGCCAGCGACGAGCUCCACCAGAUGAUGCAGAGGAGGAUGAGUCAGGAAAACCCGAUCCGAGCCAGCGAGACUGAGUUUGUCCAGCGGCUGCAGAGGCUGGUGGUCCUGGCCGUCAACAGACUCAUCUAUCACGAUGUGAGUCAGGACCUGUUCGACCUCCUGAAUAUCCCCGACUCCCCCGACCAGCAGCUCUACACACCUGAUCCAGGCGACCAGGACGAUGGCGGCGGCCCCGCCUCCAUCCCACACUCACCCACCCCCUUCACCCUGCCCCCCGCCAGCAAGAAGAGCUUCCAGAAGGACAUCCUCAAACUGAUGAUGGACGGCAUCAAAAUCAGCCUGGGCAGCACCGGUCGGGGGGGCGCUCCUCAUCAGCAGUGGAGGCGGAUCCUGUGGUCUUGUCGCGACACCUUCAGGGUUCAGAUCGGUCGCCUCCUGGUCCACACGCUGAGUCCUGCGCUGCCGCUGUCUGACAGGAAGGAGGCGCUGGAGUUCGUGUUUGACCACAGACAUCUGGACAUCCUCAAGGAGAGUCUGAGUCCAGGACUAGAGCACGGGCCCAAGUUGUCACUGUAUCUGUAUGAGAUGCUCCACGACCACAAGGACGAGUUGAGUAAAGACGAGCAGAACGCCGUGGGCGUGUUCAUGACCUCGCUGAAGCUGUGCGGUCAUCGCUGCAUCCCAGCCAACACGCCGCACAAACAGGACCUACUGAAGGCCAUGAAUCAGGACAAAUUUAAAUAUGAAACAGAAGAGAAAACCAGUAAAGUGGCGUGGGAGAAGAAGAUGUCCAACACUCAGAGGAAUCUGAUCCAGAGGCUGGAGGGAAAGUCCAAAGACAUCUCUAAGAUCGCCGCUGACAUCACUCAGAACGUGUCCCUGCGUCAAGGCAUGGAGAGGAAGAAGGUGAUCCAACACAUCCGAGGCCUGUACAAGACGGACCUGAGCGCCAGCCGCCACUGGCAGGAGCUGGUCCAGCAGCUGACGCACGACAGGGCCGUGUGGUACGACCAGACAUCCUACCCGACGUCGUGGCAGCUCGACCCGACCGAGGGCCCGAACCGUGAGCGGCGGCGGCUGCAGCGAUGUUACCUCACCAUCCCCAACAAGUACCUGCUGACAGACCGACGCAAACCCGAAGACGCCGUGAAGCCUCCUCUGUCCUUCCUGUUCGAGGAGAAAACCCACUCCUCAUUCUCGUCGACUGUGAAGGACAAAGCCACCAGUGAACCCAUCAGAUUCACCAGACGGUGCAUCAGCGUUGCCCCCUCCAGGGAGACGGCGGGGGAGCUGCUUCUGGGUAAAUCUGGGAUGUACUUCGUGGAAGACAACGCCGCCGACGCCGACAACCAGAGUCUUCACGGGGAGACGGAGGCGCCGUCCUUCUCCUGGACGUACGAGGAGAUCAAGGAGGUGCAUAAGCGUUGGUGGCAGCUCCGAGACAACGCCGUGGAGAUCUUCCUCACCAACGGACGGACACUGCUGCUGGCGUUUGACAACACCAAGUUCCGUGAUGACGUCUACCAUAACAUCCUGACCUCUGACCUGCCCAACCUGUUGGAACACGGGAACAUCACAGCGCUGACGCAGCUCUGGGGCUCCGGUCAGAUCUCCAACUUUGAAUACCUGACGCACCUGAACAAACACGCAGGACGCUCCUUCAACGACCUGAUGCAGUACCCAGUGUUCCCAUUCAUCCUGAGGGAUUACACCAGCGAAACACUGGACCUGCACGACAACGGCAUCUACAGGAACUUGGUCAAACCCAUCGCCGUCCAGUCCAAGGAGAAAGAGGACCGAUAUGUCGACAACUACAGGUACCUGGAGGAGGAGUAUAAGAAGGGUCUCCGUGACGACGACCCCAUGCCCCCGGUGCAGCCCUACCACUAUGGCUCUCAUUACUCCAACAGCGGCACCGUCCUCCACUUCCUGGUCCGGAUGCCUCCGUUCACUAAGAUGUUCCUGGCCUACCAGGACCAGAGCUUCGACAUUCCCGACCGGACCUUCCACUCCAUGAACACCACGUGGCGUCUGUCGUCCUACGAGUCCAUGACGGACGUGAAGGAGCUGAUCCCAGAGUUCUUCUACCUGCCAGAGUUCCUGGUCAACAGAGAAGGGUUCGACUUCGGCGUGCGUCAGAACGGCGAGCGAGUGAACCACGUCAACCUGCCGCCGUGGGCGCGGAACGACCGCCUCUUCAUCCUGAUCCACCGCCAGGCGCUGGAGUCGGACCAGGUGUCGCAGACGCUGUGCCAGUGGAUCGACCUGGUGUUCGGCCUCAAGCAGAAGGGGAAGGCGGCGGUCCAGGCCAUCAAUGUCUUCCACCCCGCCACCUACUUCGGCAUGGACGUGUCGGCGGUGGAGGACCCGGUUCAGCGCCGAGCCUUGGAAACCAUGAUCAAGACGUACGGGCAGACGCCGCGGCAGCUGUUCAGCGCCUCCCACAUCAGCAGGGCCGGCCCCAAACUGAUGAUGGAGGGCGAGCUGCCGGCGGCCAUGGGGCUGCUGGUCCAGCUGGCCUUCAGGGAAACCAGGGAGCAGGCCAAGGAGAUCAUCUGCCCGAGCCCACUGCCCUGGAUCAAAGGUCUGAAGUGGGGGGAGUACGUGGGCUCCCCCAGCGCCCCAGACCCGGUGGUCUGCUUCAGCCAACCCCAUGGGGAGAGGUUUGGGUCCCUGCUGGCCCUGCCCACCAGAGCCAUCUGUGGACUGUCCCGCAAGUUCUGCCUCAUGAUGAUCUACAGCAAAGAGCAAGGCGUUCGGAGCAUGCACAGUACUGACAUCCAGUGGUCAGCCAUAUUGAGUUGGGGAUACGCCGACAACAUCCUGCGUCUGAAGAGCAAACAGAGCGAACCGCCCAUCAACUUCAUCCAGUGUUCGCAGCUUCACCAGGUGACCAGCUGUGCCUGGGUUCCCGACGGAUGCCAGCUCUUCACCGGCAGCAAGUGUGGAGUCAUCACCGCCUACAGCAACCGCUUCACCAGCACCACGCCGUCGGAGAUGGAGGUGGAGUCUCAGGUGCAUCUGUACGGACACACGGCGGAGGUGACGGGGCUGUUCGUCUGUAAACCCUACAGCAUCCUGAUCAGCGUCAGCAGAGACGGAACCUGCAUUCUCUGGGACCUCAACAGGUUGUGUUACGUUCAGAGUCUGACAGGACACAAAAGUCCAGUGACGGCGGUUUCAGCCAGUGAGACCACCGGAGACAUCGCCACUGUCUGCGACUCAGUGGGCGGGGGCAGCGACCUGCGGCUGUGGACGGUCAACGGCGACCUGAUUGGACACGUCCACUGCAGAGAGAUCAUCUGCUCUGUGGCGUUCUCCAACCAGACGGAGGGCGUGUCCGUCAACGUCAUCGCCGGGGGUCUGGAGAACGGCGUCGUCAGGUUGUGGAGCACCUGGGACCUGAAACCCGUCAGGGAGAUCACCUUUCCUAAGUCCAGCAAACCCAUCAUCAGCCUGACCUACUCGUGCGACGGCCACCACCUCUACACCGCCAACAGCGAGGGGACGGUCAUGGCCUGGUGUCGGCGGGACCAGCAGCGCAUGAAGCUGCCCAUGUUCUACUCAUUCCUGAGCAGCUACGCCGCCGGGUAACGACGAGCCCCGCCCCCAGUGACAUCACACUCAGCCCAAGGAGACCCCUGACCACACCCCCUCCUCCUCUGACCCCUGAUGUUUAACUGACGCCACCCUGAUCUCCAGACUCUCCUCCAUCAGAACACUGAUGAAAACAGUGGGUUUUUUUACGGACCGGUGUGGGUGUGGCUGUGGACGUGGCCAUGGGCGUGGCUGCCGGCGUGGGCAUAGACGCUCCAGCCGAGGCGGCAUCCGACUCUCUGUACAGGAAGCGUUUGUGUGUUUGGUUUGCGACCCCUGCUGCUAUGGUCCGGACUCGGACUGUGAAUACCUUGCCUCCCGUCUCGCUCUGGGGCGUCAUGUGACUGGAAAGGGGAGGCGGUCCUCAGGUGGUGAUGUCAUGGCCUCAUUGCUUCAUAUCUGUGGCGAUGCGAGGGUGAACGCCCAUGCCCCCCCGUCUGUGCCGCCUGCCGUUUGCAUGCUGAAUGAGACACGUAUGUGAUGACCCUUUGUCAUAAAGCCCCGCCCCCCGCUGAUCUGAUGACCCUCUGUCAUGAAGCCCCGCCUCCCGCUGAUCUGAUGACUCUGGUUUAUUUAUUAGAAACACGUCAUCGAUGCAGCCUCUGUUUGAACGCUCACCGCCGAAAACCUGAGGAAGCAAAUAAACCACAUGAAGCAAUACACGACUGGGAGACGAGAACGUCUGCAGAACCUCCUGACCUUCAUCAUCAUCAUCAUCAUCAUCAGAGCAGAUUCGA